CAUCGCCUCGGGCGACUCGUCAGAUGUUGUUGAUAGCGACGACCACAGAGCCUUGGCAUGCAAUCAGCAGAUACUCUGGAGAUGCCAAAGCUGCAAUACCAUCGUUCAAUCUCAGAUCGUUAUCGCCUGAGUUCAAUCAGUAUACAGAGGUUCUGCCAAUCCGAUACAAACGAACAGCCUCAAGUCUGCAGGAGCUCCCGAUCAAAUCACCAUCGACAAGAACAGUCGCCAUGUCCGCAUCAACCGAUAAACCAUACCCGUCCAACCUUAAGCUUUUGUUGAUCGGAAACUCUUCAGUCGGCAAAUCAUCCCUCCUGCUCAGAUUCACGGACGACGAUUUCCUCUCUGACGAAGAGACGACAGCUACUAUCGGGGUGGAUUUCAAGGUCAAGCAGCUGGAGGUAGAAGGGAGGAAGUUCAAGUUGUCCAUCUGGGACACGGCAGGGCAAGAGAGGUUUAGAACGUUGACGAGUAGUUAUUACCGAGGAGCUCAGGGUGUGAUUCUCGUCUACGACGUCUCCUCCCGUACAUCCUUCCAAGCCCUCGACUCGUGGUUCCGCGAACUAUCCACCUACACCUCCCCCGAGGUUAUCAAGAUGAUCGUCGGGAACAAGUUGGACGUAGGGGACGCGCCUCCUCCGAGUGGGGGUAAAGGAGCCAGGGAGGUCUCGACGGAGGAGGGUGAGAGGUAUGCGAACGCGAAGGGGUGUUUGUUUUUAGAAACGUCAGCAAAGACGAAUACAGGCGUUAUGGAGGCCUUUUCCGACCUAGUCAUCCGAAUCACGGAGACUCCCUCGCUAUGGUCUAACGACCCUACCCUGCGAACGCAGCCCCGGAGGGGCAAUGUUCAGCUGGAGGAAGAUGACGCUCCGCCCGGUUGGACGUGCGCUUGUUAGAUUCAGUUGGGGACCCACGAUAUUGUUAGUUGGAUGUAUAUGUAUGAGCUUGUGAGUGUGUAUGUGUUGGUCUACCUUUGUUGUAUCGUUCGGCAUGUGAUGUAAUAGUAUAGUAAGACUUCUCGCAUGCAUUGCAUAGACAUCAUCAAUACGUUCGCGAUUUAUCGCGAUCUCCCCGAAACCCGUGCAAACAAGGUCGGGACUGCAAUCUCAGC